AUUCGUCACGCAAAUUCUCGAUAUGAAGAUGUAAAAGAGACUCAGCCGCUAAACGUAAAGGAAACUAGAAAAUUGUUGAAAAACAAAGAUGGAGAAGAAUUGAAAAGUAAAUUCGCGGGCAAAGUAAGGAUAGGGGACAAAGAAGUUUCCUUUGAAGGACUUGCUAUGCUUUUAGAAACUAUGAAUCCCCGCGAAACGGACCAAAUUCCUGUUUCAUUUAAUAAAUCAAGUUUUGACAUAAGUGAAGAAGACAAGCGCUCAUUUGAAGGACUCUUAGACGAUAUU